UUUUAAAUUAGCGAGAUAGACCACAUAAAAAUUUCAAAUUCUUUUAGAUCAUGUCUUGUUUUACAACAAUUUCCUAACUAUAUAAGAUGUGGUACUUUGGAGAGAUAAACAAAUUGAAAGCAAGGGUUCAUGUCACGUAUGAAGAACCAUGACUACACAUAUGACUUUUUUAUGGCAGUACCUCUUAGCAGUAUUCUUAUUUACACUAAUAUCAAGUACAUGGGGUGACUUUUGGCCUUUUGUACCUUUGCCAACAAAGCCAGAUCUUCCACCUCUACCACCUAAGCCAGAUCUCCCGCCUUUACCACCUAAACUACCAUUGCCACCGUUGCCACCGAAACCGCCAUUGCCACCAAAACCACCAUUCCCUUUCCAACCAUCACCACCACCACCUACAAAAGUACCCCCACCACCUUCUCCCCCACCUCCGUCUCCUCUCCCACCUUCUCCCCCACCUCCAUCCCCACCACCACCCAAUGAAUCUCCCCCGCCUCCUCCACCACCACCUAGUGAAUCACCUCCUCCACCUUCUCCCCCUCCUCUUUCACCACCCCUACCUAGUGAAUCACCACCGCCACCUUCUCCCCCGCCUCCGUCUCCACCUCCACCAAUUGAAUCUCCUCCUCCACCUUCUCCGCCACCUCCAUCUCCACUACCACCUCCACCUCCUCCACCGUCUCCCCCGCCUCCUUCUCCACCCUUACUGAGUAAAUCGCCACCUCCACCUUCUCCCCCACCUCCGUCUCCAUCUCCACCAAUUAAAACUCCUUCUCCACCUUCUCCGCCACCUCCGUCUCCACCCCCACCAAGUGAAUCUCCCCCUCCUCCGUCGCCAUCACCACCAAGUGAAUCUCCUUUGUCACCAUCACCACCACCACCAAGUAAAUCUCCUCCUCCACCUUCUCCUUCACCAACCAACAAAUCACCUCCAUCUUCAUCACCCCCACCUCCUAAUAAAUUCCCACCUCUACAACCCGCAAAAUCACCACCACCUCCUUUUCAACCAAAUAAGUCACCUCCACCCCCAUCCCCGUCACCACCUAAAAGAUCUCCUUUAUCGCCACCACCUAUGAAAAUUCUAACUCCACCACCACCACCACCACCAAAAAAGUCAACAUCUCCCCCACCACCUAAAAAGUUUACUUCUCCUCCCCCACCUUCUCCCCCACCUCCAUCCCCACCACCACCCAAUGAAUCUCCCUCGCUUCUUUCUCCACCGCCAUCUAGUGAAUCACCUCCCCCACCGUCUCCCCCCCCUCCUUCUCCACCCUUACUGAGUGAAUCGCCACCUCCACCUUCUCCCCCACCUCCGUCUCCAUCUCCACCAAUUAAAACUCCUUCUCCACCUUCUCCGCCACCUCCGUCUCCACCCCCACCAAGUGAAUCUCCCCCUCCUCCGUCGCCAUCACCACCAAGUGAAUCUCCUUUGUCACCAUCACCACCACCACCAAGUAAAUCUCCUCCUCCACCUUCUCCUUCACCAACCAACAAGUCACCUCCAUCUUCAUCACCCCCACCUCCUAAGAAAUUCCCACCUCUACAACCCGCAAAAUCACCACCACCUCCUUUUCAACCAAAUAAGUCACCUCCACCCCCAUCCCCGUCACCACCUAAAAGAUCUCCUUUAUCGCCACCACCUAUGAAAAUUCUAACUCCACCACCACCACCACCACCAAAAAAGUCAACAUCUCCCCCACCACCUAAAAAGUUUACUUCUCCUCCCCCACCUUCUCCCCCACCUCCAUCCCCACCACCACCCAAUGAAUCUCCCUCGCUUCUUUCUCCACCGCCAUCUAGUGAAUCACAUCCUCCACCGUCUCCCCCCCCUCCUUCUCCACCGUUACUGAGUGAAUCGCCACCUCCACCUUCUCCCCCACCUCCGUCUCCAUCUCCACCAAUUAAAACUCCUUCUCCACCUUCUCCGCCACCUCCGUCUCCACCCCCACCAAGUGAAUCUCCCCCUCCUCCGUCGCCAUCACCACCAAGUGAAUCUCCUUUGUCACCAUCACCACCACCACCAAGUAAAUCUCCUCCUCCACCUUCUCCUUCACCAACCAACAAGUCACCUCCAUCUUCAUCACCCCCACCUCCUAAGAAAUUCCCACCUCUACAACCCGCAAAAUCACCACCACCUCCUUUUCAACCAAAUAAGUCACCUCCACCCCCAUCCUCGUCACCACCUAAAAGAUCUCCUUUAUCGCCACCACCUAUGAAAAUUCUAACUCCACCACCACCACCACCAAAAAAGCCAACAUCUCCCCCACCACCUAAAAAGUUUACUUCUCCUCCCCCACCUUCUCCCCCAAAUACCAUAACAUCUCCCCCACCACUUCCACCACAAUCUCCUCCGCCGGCGAAAAAAACCUCUCCACCACCAUCUAACAAAUCUCCUUUACCACCACCACCGAAUAAAGCACCUACAUCGGGAUCUCCUCCACCACAAGGAAAAAGAUCACCUCCACCACCUUCUCCUUCCCCUUCCAAAAGGUCACCUCCACUCUCAACCCCUCCACCACCUAAAGAAACUCCUCCACUGCUUACUCCUCCGCCACCUAAGAAAUCUUUUUCACCGCCCCCACCAUCGCCAAAUACAAUAACAUCUCCCCCACCACUUCCACCGCAAUCUCCUCCGCCGGCGAGAAAAACCUCUCCACCACCAUCUAACAAAUCUCCUUUACCACCACCACCGAAUAAAUCACCUACAUCGGGAUCUCCUCCACCACAAGGAAAAAGAUCACCUCCACCACCUUCUCCUUCCCCUUCCAAAAGGUUACCUCCACUUUCAACCCCUCCACCACUUAAAAAAACUCCGACUAUGCUUACUCCUCCGCCAGCUAGGGAAUGUUUUUCAUCACCACCACCCCCACCCAAAAUCGUAACAUCUCCCCCACCACCUCCACCACAAUCUCCUCUACCAUCAAGAAAAACCCCUCCACCACCAUCUAACAAAUCUCCUUUACCACCAUCACCCAAGAAAGCACCUACAUCUGGAUCUCCUCCACCACCAGGAAAAAGAUCGCAUCCACCUCUUUCUCCUUCCCAUUUUAAUAUGUCACCUCCCACGCAAUCUCCUCCUCCAACAAGAGAAACCCCUCCUCCUCCCUCUAACAAAUCUUCUUUGGCACCACCAUCACCCCUAAAGAAAUCACCUCCUCCAUCUUCUCUUCCACCACCUAGGAAAGAACCUGCUCCUCCACAUGGAAAAAAGUCUCCACCCUCUGCUCCAUCAAGAACCCCCCCACCAUCUUCUGAUGAUCCUGGUUGUACACCACCCGUAACAAAAUCACCACCACCAUCUUCACUUUUGCCACGUAAGAAAGUUCCUACAUCCACUCCUCCUCCACCAAGUAGCUAAAAUAAAGGUGGAUCUUGCAAAGCAUUUUAAAUGCUAGCGAAACUUUAUUCACC